AUGACGGGCGACGACGCUGCUGCGUGUCCCGUCCCCGCUAUUGACUGGCGCUUUGUUUCACGCAAAGCGAUCGCGCGGCUGGCGAAGCAGGGCUUAGUCGCCACCGCCGCCGAUUCCGCUGACCGCCGCACGAUCCGCGACGACAACGAAUCGCGCCGACGCCGCCUGCGCCACACUGUUGCACCGUGGGCGCCCGAGCAGCAGCGGCUCUCGCACUGCUGGAGCGACGGCCAGCAUCUCUCGCGCUGCUGGCUUCCGCGGGCGGCGGGCGCGGCGCUGCUGGCUCCGCGGGCGGCGCUGCUGGCUCCGCGGGCGGCGCGGCGCUGCUGGCGCGGACAGGGGCGGUGUCGCAUUGAUCAGAGCAUGGCAGCGUCGCAAGGCGGGUGGCGGCGGAUCGAGCGCAAGGCGAACGGAAACCAUGAUCGGACUGCGAUCCUAGCGAUACGCAACAUCGCAUGCAGCGACAUCGGAACAUCGCAGGCAGCUGCGACACUUCAACCAGCGGCGACGUUUCAACCAGCAGCGACAUCGCAUGCAGCGGCGAAAUCGCUGAAAGCGCCCAUGUCCUUCUUCCUGCUUCCGCGAGGAGCUGCGCGCGGGGCUUCCGCGAGGAGCAGCGCUGUCGGCGGUGACGAGGCGCUGCCGACGGUGACGGCAGCACAGCCCGCCGCUCCGCCAAUCACGCAAGGCCACGUGGCGGGCCAGCUCACCUCCUCUGUCCGGGGCCUCCGGCGAGGAGACGUCAUCUCAGAACAGGCUCGGCACAGUCAGGAGAGAGGCUCGGCACAGUCAGGAGAGAGGCUCGGCACGGGCAGUCUGGUGCCGUUUUCUCCUGUGCCAGCCACCAAGAUAUUCUGUUGCAAUGCCAGAAAAUAG